CUGUGAUUGGGUUAUUAUACCCCUGCAUUGACAGGCAUCUGGGAGAGCCACAUAAAUUUAAAAGAGAGUGGUCCAGUGUAAUGCGAUGUGUAGCAGUCUUUGUUGGUAUAAAUCAUGCCAGUGCUAAAGUAGAUUUUGACAACAAUAUACAGUUGUCUCUCACACUAGCUGCACUAUCCAUUGGUCUGUGGUGGACUUUUGAUAGAUCACGAAGUGGUUUUGGCCUUGGAGUAGGAAUUGCUUUCUUGGCAACCGUGGUCACUCAACUACUAGUCUAUAAUGGAGUUUAUCAUAUGAAUGUAAAGUCACUGCAGAAAAAUCUCAUCAAGAAUGAAGAAAGCAAAAAUAUGUUUUUGUACAGAAAAAAAAAAACACCAAGAUUUAAAGAAGCCUGUAAAUGAUAGAGAUACCAAGAAAACAUUGGAUUGUAAAAUUGCUAAGAUGCAGUUUUUCCCUUCAGUGAUAUAUAUUUCUGCAAUCUGUGAUUGCUACUUCUGUAAAUCAGUUACAAACCUUUGUGUAUUUGAUUUAAGUAACUGUAAAAAAAUGACGAUGCACCACAAACAAGAGUAUUGGUUAAUAGAUGGGUUUAAAAUUUUUUUUUAACAUUUAUUGUGUCACAGUGUUAAUGUGCCAAAACAUUCUAUGGUCAUGCAGAAAAUGAGUAUGUUAUGAACAUUUAAAAAAAUUAUUGAAAUGACAUAAAGAGGAAAGCCAAGAGUUCAAUUGAACGUUCAGCUGAUAUUUUCUCUUUUAUUUUUUAUUUUCUUGCCUUUUAUUUUUCUAUGAACAGCAGUGUGAGUUAUGGGUACCCUGCUUUGUGGUUGGGAUUCUAUCUUAAUGUGUAAACAAAAGCCUAGAGUAUUUGAAUUUUUUGUCUUUUGUGAUAAAAAUGAACUUUUCGUGACAUGUUUUUAAGUGCAUAUCUACCUGCAAUACUGGAGAGGAUCCAAAGAAUAAACACCUAUUUAGACAAAUAUUGCUAGUAUUGUAUGUGAAGCCUGUGAGAGAUUAUCAGCAUUAUCGUUUUUCAGUCUGAGUUCAGGAGAGGAUGGAGUAGGUAAAAAUAAGGGUCAUGAAAGAGCAAAACUAGAAUGAAUGUGAAUUUUGGGGAAAGAAAAUGGCUUUUUGCAACUACGCAAUGUUUAAAGUGGCUUUUUAAUAGUCACAAGGAAUUUAGCACCUCUUAAUUCUUUUGCACAUAUAACAACCCCCAAAUCUGUAGAAAUGAAGGUUCUAAUGCUAUUUUGGGGAUUCUGGUAAUGUUAACAAACCACUUUGGCUUGGUUGACUUGUCAUUGGAACCCUUGGAUUUACAGCCUCAUUAUAUGCAAUUGGGGGCAUGUAAUUUUUUUUAAUGUAUUAACAUACCCAAUAGUGAAGAAUUCCAGUCUAUUGGUUAAAUAUGUAUUGAGAGUUUUAUGCAUAUUAAAGAUCUUGUUUAAAAGUUCUGUGCAUUUUUAUCUGCUUUUUGAGAUUAUAGUCACUUAAGAAUAGUUUUAAGCAUAUUAUUAGUUAAUUUCUAUCCAAAUUUCAUAUUUGAAAUUGAUAAUAAUUUUUUGCUACAUGGGAGAAAUUAUUUCAAAAUAGUCUAUGUAUGUAUGUAUGUGUGUGUGUAUAUAUGUAUAUAUAUGUGUGUAUGUAUAUGUGUGUAUACGUAUAUAGGUACAUAUACGCCCACAUUCUCCUGUGAUAUUAGGUAGAUUUUUAAAAAUAAAAUUUAGUUUAAAGAAUUUGUUACUAGACUAAGACCUUUUGUGCCAAAUUUUAAUCUGCUUUCACGUUUUAAGGCUGGUAAUUAUGAAAUCCUAAAAAUAGAAUUCAUGCUGAAUAUGUGCAACCAGCCUUUGCUACAAUAGCAUGUGUAGGCUACUAUAAAUUAUUAUUCUAUCUUCAAGAAGCUGUUGUUAAUUUAGAAUAAAUAAAUAUAUAUUUUAGAUACAAUUUUGUAAGCACUAUAAAAUCUUUACUAAUAAGUUAUAAGAUCUCUGAUGUACUUUAAAGCUUGCUUUUAAAAGCAAAAUGCAUAUUAAAUGUAUAAUUAUUGUUUUUGGCUUUUUUUGUCUUAGUAAAUAGUAAAUGAUCAUACUGUGAAUCAGCUGGAGGGCCAAAUAACCUAUACAAUUUUAACUUGUAAAAAGAAAUAAUGAAGGGGAAAUAAGUCUAUUAAUAGAAAGAGAUUGGCUUUUAAAAAUGUUUUGCAGAUUGUCUGAAAAACUAAAAUGUAAUGAGAAUUUGGCUUUAAGAUCUUGUAUAGGCAUAGUUAAUAAUUAUAUAUUAGUCCUGGAAGAUUAUGUUAAGCAUUUAUUAAGUGCCUGCCAUAUACAGUAUGUAGCCUGGUUUUUGGAAAAAUAAGUCUAUAGGUCCAGUUGAGAAAUUGGCAUCAAAAAUUAAAUCUCUUACACACUUUCUUCAUCAGACAGGUGGCUUGACUUUUAGGUUGGGUAAUUUUCAGAACCAUCACUUGAAGUUUGGCAAAGAUUCCCAACAACCUUUAAAUAUUUUAUAGUACUUCAGUGAUAUAUUUUAUCAUAUAUCUAAUUCCAGAGCUUCUUGCAUUUUUAUAAUCUUCAACUCCUUGUAGAUGAGUACUUUGUCAUUGUCAGUUCUCUCAACUCAAUGCCAGCGUUAGUUCUUUUUCAUUUCUUAUAAAUUAGUCUCUUGAGCAUUUUACAAUAAUUUCCCUGUAGUUUUCCUAUGGAGUUUAUUUUUUUACUCAGAAUGUGUUUGAUAUCUGCUUGUCAAGAAAGCCAACAGUAAUGGUGGUUGCUAGAUUAUUGAAAAGAAGACAGUAAACAUGGAAAUGGAAGACAACACAGAUAACUUCAUGAUGUAGUAAAAUCUUGUGACAAUGUACAUUUAAGGAUUGUAUUUAAAAAUUUUUUAUGUUGAACAGGAAAAACUCAUAAAAUGUUAAUGAUGUCUAAGAAAUAAUUGGUUUCAAUAAUAUAUCUUAUUCUUGUUAUCUUUUAUUUUUUAAGUAUUCUUAAUUUUUAAGGAGAUAUAAAUUAAGUUACAACAAAUAUUUUUCAUAUUUUAUUGUUUUAGAAUAAAGGGACAGGAACUGUGUCUUCUACAUCUUUGCAUCUACCCUAAUGCCUUGCCAGGUGCCUUGAGCGUAGUAGACAUUUAGAUGAUGGAUAAAUGCAUGAAUGAAUGAAUUUUAUUCUCA